AUGUCAACAACAUUAAUGGAAAAAUGUCCGGUUUGUACAACACCGCUAAAAAAUUCUCAACAAUGGCAACGAACAAAAACUACUUCGCUUCGAUCAACUAGCGGAAAACGAAAUGCUGUUGGACAAGAUUCCAAGUAAAGAAAAACAAAACAAACAGAUAAU